GUUCAUGUAUAGUACGCAUGCGCCGUACAUAUCACGGUGGCCGCUCGUCAACUCAGCUAUGAUAGUAGAUAAUGUAUAUUGAACCUUAACUUCUGCUUACAGUAAUGAGACGGUAACUUCACGUAUUACAGUUUUUAUUCGAAAAAGGACUCUAGAAGGACACUAGAGUCAGUCAGCUUCUGACAGAAGAUGACAGCCAACGAGGAUCAAGAGAUGGAGUUGGAGGUUCUCCGCUCCAUCUACGAGGGGGAUGAGUGUUUCAAAGAGAUCAGCCCUGUGUCCUUUCAGUACAGGGUGGGAGAACUUGAUGACACCAAAGCCUUCAUUCUUGAUUUCACGUGGCCGGAAUCCUACCCAGCUACCGCCCCUCAGAUAUCCCUAGUUGCAUUUUUUAAUAACAGAAUAUCCUCACUGACGAAGCAGCAGAUUGUCUCCAAGGUGGAGGAGCAGGCAGAGGCCAGCCUGGGCGAGGCCAUGAUGUACACGCUGUUUGAGUGGGCCAAGGAGAACCAGGAGAGCCUCAUGGAGGAUCAUCAGCCCGUCGUCACCGCUGUGAUCUCCAAUGACACGACGGCGACAGAGGGCAAGAAAAAGGAUAAAAAGGAACAGCUCACAAAAUCACAAAAAAGGAGGAUAACUUGUAGGACGGAUAACAAGGGGGAAAUGCCCCGAGGCUGGGACUGGUGUGACGUUAUCAAGGUACGUUCUUUUUAUUUUGUUUCUCCCCUUUACUCCACUAGAUGGCAAUGGUUGACAAUGUACAAAAUGACCUGUUCUGUCAUAUAACCUGUCAAUAUCUUUGUCGUUUCUUUGCAUAUGUUUACACUGACGGAUUCAUCUUCCAGCAUCUUAGCAGAACCGGAGGGAUGAACGACUAGGUGAAUACUGUGGAAGAGAAGAGGGCGGAUUUAAGGUGCCGGGCGUUUACAAGACGGAUUCAAGUGGAUUGUGCAGAAUUCAGUUUCGGCCCCCUAAAUCCAACAACACCGGCUCGCAACUGAAGAAGCUGCGAUCACGACCGCCGAGUCCUCGAAAAAUGUCGCAGUCCCAAAGUUUAAAGUAAAACCGCUCGUUUCAGCGCUCGAUCGGAGGCCAGAGCCAUUCUGUGAGGUGUAGGUGUCGCACGGCUGUUUAGGAAUUCUUCUUAUCAAAGAGGGUUUUAGAUUCACAAACAAACCUUGUGCUUUUCUCUCCCCCCCCCCCCCCCCCCCCCGAGUGUUUGGGUUUUAUUCACGUUUUGAUACCGCUUAUGGUGGAGGGCUAGGAGGAGGGGGAACAGUCACUAUAACGGCUGGAUGAGACAUCGAGUCAGUUGUCAUAUGGAAGAUGGAUGUGCACCACUGCCAUUGUUGUCCUACGAUGCUUACCUGUAGUCCUCAAGUGAUAAAAAAACAAAAAUACUGCAGCAACCUGAUGGCCUUCAAGGAUGCACUCAAUAUUUUAUGUAGUAUUUAUAACUAUAAAAAACCAUUUCAUUAUUUGACAAGAGUGUGGUCCCCCUUUAAAGUUGACAUUUUUAUGGAAAAAUAAAAAAACAAAUGCACUUUUGA